UGUGUGUGUGUAUAAGUAAGUAAGUAAGUAAGUAAGUGUGCGUAUGAUGCCGGUUCACUCGAAGGAGAAAAAGGAACGUGUGAUGUGUGUAUGUGUGUGUAUUUCAGGUGUGUGUGUGUGUGUGUGUGUGUGUGUGUGUGAGAGAGAGAGAGAGAGAGAGAGAGAGAGAGCGUGCGUGCGUAAGAUGCCCGUUCACUCGAAGGAGAAGAAGGAGGCUCAGGAGGAGAUGGAGGUGGAUUACGGAGAGCAGGAGGGCAGCAGCUCAGAGGAGGAGGACACCGACACUUCAUCCGGCUCUGAGGAUGGAGAGAGCUCCGAGAUGGACGAUGAGGACUGUGAGAGGAGACGGCUGGAAUGUCUGGAUGAGAUGACGAACCUGGAGAAACAGUUUACAGACCUGAAGGAUCAGCUGUAUAAGGAGAGGUUGAGUCAGGUUGAUGCUAAACUCCAGGAAGUGAUCUCAGGAAAAGCGUCCGAGUACCUGGAACCUCUCGCCAACCUGCAGGAGAACAUGCAGAUCAGAACUAAAGUCGCCGGUAUCUACAGAGAGCUGUGUUUGGAGUCAGUGAAACAUAAAUAUGACUGUGAGACUCAGGCAGCGUUUCAGCACUGGGAGAGUGAGAAGCUUCUGCUGUUCGACACAGUUCAGACUGAACUGGAGGAAAAAAUCAGACGCCUGGAGGAGGACCGACACAGUAUAGACAUCACCUCAGAGCUGUGGAACGAUGAACUGCAGUCGAGAAAAAACAAGAAGAAAGAUCCCUUCAGUCCAGACAAGAAGAAAAAACCUGUGGUUGUGUCUGGGCCGUAUAUCGUUUACAUGCUGCACGAUCUGGACAUUCUGGAGGACUGGACCGCCAUCAGAAAGGCCAUGGCCACUUUGGGACCUCACAGAGUCAAACCUGAUGUUUGUUCGUCUAAAAGUGAGAAGCAGCAGCAGCAGCAGCAGCAGCAGCACAGCGCUCGCUCGGAGGACGGACGGCUGCUGUACGAUGGAGAAUGGUACAGUCGAGGACAAACCAUCUGUAUAGACAAGAAGGAUGAAUUUCCCACCAGUGCUAUAAUAACGACUAUAAAUCAUGAUGAAGUUUGGUUUAAGCGCUCGGAUGGCAGCAAGUCGAAGCUCUACAUCUCGCAGCUGCAGAAAGGCAAAUACACCAUCAAACACGCCUGAGAGAACCCGGAGAACCACGCCGUGUUCCGCAACACUGUUCCACAACCUGAGUGUGUGUGUGUAUGACAGUGUGACGCUCCUUGUUUUCAUUAUUACAGAUGUUAUUUUUCUGAGGUGAUCAUAUUUUUUGUUGAAAGUUUUCUACAUGUUUUCUGUAAAUACACUCCGCUCCGACUGCUGCCUGAUGGAUCAGUGUUACUCGUACCUGUGUGUGUGUGUGUGUGAGAGAGAGAGAGAGAGAGAGAACAAUGUUUACAUGUCCGUUAUAGCCAUGUGCCACGAUUAAAGUUUCAUAUCACAGUAAACCGAGUGUUCCGUUAUCUCGUGGUUUUUACGGAGUAAAAGCGAGAGGACAGCCAAGAUGGAGAGCAGAGCCGGAUGGGCCAGUACCACGCUCAUGCUGUCCAAUAAACACAACAUCUUAUAUUUACACCCUCAGUGUUAUAACACAGAAAACAGAGUCAAAAUAAAGUGUGUAAUAAAAACAGCAUGAAAAAUAAACAUGUUAAUUUGUGCACAUUCAUCAGCCAGACUCUAGAAUUUCUUUUAUCCUUCUAGAAAAUAAAAUCAGCUCAAAAAAGUCAGCAGGCUCUGUGAGGUGAAGUCCUGAUGGACCAUGACACCGUCUUCCUUUAAUACACCUGAAUCGGACCGGAUUCAACACUAAAACACACAAUUCACAUUUUAGUUCGUGAUUUGUUUGAAUCUUACAGCAGUUUCAAUUCCUGAAAAUUUCCAGAAGCAGACUUUAGGAGAAAGACAUUUU